UAAUUUCCUUGGUGUUCGCGGGUCCUAUCGCCACCACGUUAUUUACUCUCAACCCCUCUCUCUCUUUUUCUCUGUCUCUGUCUCUGUCUCUGUCUCUGUUUUACUCUCUCUCUCUCUUUCUCUUUCUCUUUCUUUCUUUCAAGCUUCACGCAGAAACGAUGAAUUCGCCUUCCUUCAUUCCUUCGCUUCUUUUUCUCACUCUAUAAGUGUUCUUCUUCCUCGUCUUCCAACUGUUUCAUCAUUUCCCCCAACCCACUUUGAACAUGUCUAGCUACGUCGGUGUCGUUGUUUCUGACCAGGAGCUUCAGAGCCAUUUCACACAAGUCGAACUCAGAUCCCUCAAAUCCAAGUUUGUAUCAGCAAGGACUCAAUCAGGACGUGUUACCGUUGGAGAUUUGCCAUCUAUUUUUAAAGGUUUAAAGGCUUUCAAUGAAUUGUUCGAUGAAAAUGAGAUUAAGGCUAUCUUGGCAGAGUCACAUGACAACAUGGACCAAGAAAUUGAUUUUGAGGGCUUCCUUAGGGCACAUAUGAACUUGCAUGCCCGAGCAACUGCAAAAGAGGGUGGUCCAAAAAGUUCUUCUUCAUUUUUGAAGGCAGCUACAACAACUGUUCAUCAUGCCAUUAAUGAAUCUGAGAGAGCUUCGUAUGUGCAACAUAUUAAUGGCUACUUGGCUGAAGACAAAUUUCUGAAGCAGUUUCUUCCAAUUGAUCCAGCAUCAGAUCAGUUGUUUGAUCUUGCAAAAGAUGGAGUGCUUCUCUGCAAGCUUAUAAAUGUUGCCGUCCCUGGGACCAUUGAUGAACGAGCCAUUAACACAAAAAAGGUUCUCAAUCCAUGGGAGAGAAAUGAGAACCACACCCUUGCCCUCAAUUCAGCAAAGGCUAUUGGAUGCACAGUGGUUAAUAUUGGUACCCAAGAUUUAGUAGAAGGAAGACCACAUCUGGUACUUGGUCUGAUUUCACAAAUAAUUAAGAUUCAAAUGUUGGCUGAUCUCAAUCUCAAGAAAACUCCUCAACUUCUGGAAUUAUUGGAAGAUGACAAGGAUGUGGAGGAACUUAUCAGCUUACCACCUGAAAAGGUUUUACUGAAAUGGAUGAAUUUCCACUUGAAAAAAGCUGGAUAUGAGAAACAGGUUACUAACUUCUCUUCUGAUGUAAAGGAUGGAGAGGCUUAUGCUGUUUUGCUUAAUGCUCUUGCCCCGGAAUUGGCAGGCCCUGCUAUUGCUGCAAAUGAUCCAACAGAAAGGGCUAAAGUCAUUCUUGAGCAGGCAGAGAAAUUAGAUUGCAAGACGUACCUCACUCCAAAAGACAUAGUGGAGGGGUCACCUAAUCUGAAUCUUGCAUUUGUUGCUCAGAUAUUCCAGCAUAGGAAUGGUCUUAAUGCUGACACCACGAAAACGUCCUAUGCUGAGAUGAUGACUGAUGAUGAUCAGACAUCUCGGGAAGAAAGAUGCUUCAGAAUGUGGAUUAACAGUCUUGGAAUUGCUACUCAUGUCAAUAAUCUAUUUGAGGAUAUCAGAAAUGGAUGGGUUUUACUAGAAGUUCUGGAUAAGGUUUCACCUGGGUCUGUCAAUUGGAAGCAGGCAACGAAGCCUCCUAUACAGAUGCCAUUUCGAAAAGUUGAGAACUGCAAUCAAGUUAUAAAGAUUGGGAAGGAGCUGAACUUUUCUUUAGUGAAUGUUGCUGGCAAUGAUAUUGUGCAGGGGAAUAAGAAGCUCUUACUAGCCUUUUUGUGGCAGCUGAUGAGGUUUACCAUGCUUCAACUUCUGAAAAAUUUGAGAUCGCACUCCCAAGGUAAAGAGAUUACCGAUGCUGAUAUUCUGAACUGGGCAAACAAUAAAGUGAAAAAGGCAAAAAGAACUUCACAAAUGGACAGUUUCAAGGAUAAAAAUCUUUCCAAUGGUAUCUUCUUCCUUGAUCUUCUCACUGCUGUGGAGCCAAGGGUGGUCAACUGGAGUCUUGUUACUAAAGGGGAGACUGAUGAAGAUAAGAAGAUGAAUGCAACAUAUAUAAUCAGUGUUGCCCGAAAACUUGGGUGUUCCAUUUACCUGUUACCUGAAGACAUAAUAGAGGUCAACCAGAAGAUGAUACUAAUUUUAACUGCUAGCAUCAUGUAUUGGAGCCUGCAGAAACAUUAUGAAACUAUCACCCCAGAGGCUACUUCACCUGAAGCCGGAGAAAACCAGACAAACACAGAUUUAGCAAAUGAGGUGUCCGAUUUAGCCAUUGAUGAUAAUACAGCUUCAUAAAAUGCCAGCUCUUAGAAACCGCUGCUGACUGCUGAUGUUGAAGAAAGACGCAGCCCUUUAAAAGAUUGAAGUAAAACAUACUCUAUAGAAUGAGUAAAAAGAUAAAUUCAUUUUUGUUUAUAGAACCAAGGGAAAUGCCAUCCUGUAAAUUUUCUUUUUUAGACCUUUUUAGUACUUAGCUACAUUCUUUCAUGAAAAUAACAUGCAAUUUUUCCCAAUAAUAAAUGGGAGGGAGGCAUCGUUUUAUUCUCCAAUUGACAGCUUUUUCUUUGUAGACAAGUUUGGUAGCCGAGGUUUCUCUUCAUGUAUGCACUGAGAAACAUGUUUUAAUCGAAUGAUUUGAACUUCUGAUUAUGUAUUUCA